GGCGGCGGGCGGUGCGGAGCCGAGCGGCGGGACCCGAGCGGUUCACCAUGAAACUCAUCAUUGUGGACCACUACUCCCAGGCCAGCGAAUGGGCAGCCAAGUACAUCAGGAACCGAAUCGUUCAGUUUAACCCUGGGCCAGAGAGGUACUUCACCCUGGGGCUGCCCACUGGAAGCACGCCCUUGGGCUGCUACAAGAAGCUGAUUGAGUAUUACAAGAACGGGGACCUGUCUUUCAAGUAUGUGAAGACCUUCAACAUGGACGAAUAUGUGGGUGACGCGGCGCUGGUCCCUCCCCGCCAGGUCUGCCCGGCAGCACCCGGGAGUUAUCACUCCUUCAUGUGGAACAACUUCUUCAAACACAUCGACAUCAACCCGGAGAACACCCACAUCCUGGACGGACGACUGACCUGCAGGCCGGAGUGUGACGCCUUCGAGGAGAAGAUCAAGGCCGCCGGGGGGAUCGAGCUCUUCGUCGGAGGCAUCGGCCCCGACGGACACAUCGCCUUCAACGAGCCCGGCUCGAGCUUGGUGUCCAGGACGCGGGUGAAGACGCUGGCCAUGGACACCAUCCUCGCCAACGCCCGGUUCUUUGACAACGACCUCGCCAAAGUCCCCACCAUGGCCCUGACCGUGGGCGUGGGCACGGUCAUGGACGCUAGAGAGGUCCUGAUCCUCAUCACCGGCGCCCACAAGGCGUUUGCCCUGUACAAAGCCAUCGAGGAGGGGGUGAACCACAUGUGGACCGUGUCCGCCUUCCAGCAGCACCCCUGCACGGUGUUCGUGUGCGACGAGGACGCCACCCUGGAGCUCAAGUGAAGACGGUCAAAGUACUUUAAAGGUUUGAUGCUCGUCCACAACAAGCUGGUGGAGCCUCUGUACAGUAUGAAAGAGAAGGAAGUGGAGAAAAGCCAGUCGGCCAAGAAGCCUUACAGCGACUAGCCUCUAGCCAUCUUGUGGGGUGCUGAGGGCUGGGAAGACGGCCAGCCUCGGGGGAGAUGGGUUUUUAGCGAGAGGAAUCCCUGUUCGGUAAUCAGAUAUGUUCCAUGGCGUGAGAGGAUGCGGUUCGGUGGUGGUGAGGGGUGGAAGUCUCUGAAACGGAGCAGGGACAGAACCGCUCUUCAUCUUGCUCAGACCUUGAUUCCCGACCCAUUCUCCGCCCCGUUUUAGCUCCUAGAAGGAAAGCGGAAGUGCAAAUCUAAAAACUGCCCCCGAAGCCUGGAGAGAAUUAAUGGGGGCCCUGACUUUUCUCCUGGGGACCACGGGAGAGUUGGCAGUGGGGAAUCAAUCAGUAGGAUUUUAUUGAGCGCUUACUGUGUGCAGAGCACUGUAUUAAGUGCUUUGGGAGAGUACAGUGCAAAAGAGUCGGUAGACUCGUUCCCCGCCCUCAAGGAGCAUUCAAGACAGGGCCCAGUGAGUUGCCACUCUCUCACAGGACGGGGAGGAGAGAGGCGUUUGUUCUCCGCGGCCGAGACUGGGUGUCAGAGGAGAUUAUAAUCUACCCUGUCUUUGGGAGAACAGACCCUUCCCAGACCCCUGUGCCUCCCCAAGGGACAGUCAGGAGCCCCCUCAGGGGUCUUCGCUCGUGAUUUCAGUGCUCCGGCUAGGAGGAAGAGGAUAAGAGACGGAGCAGGGUCCGCUGGGGCUCUGGAUUUCAGAGAUCUCCCUGCUGAAGAUUCACCCCCUCACCGUGGCUUCGUUAAAAGAUUAAAAGGGCCCUCCGUCAUCCUCCCAGAGUUAAUGACAUGCAAGUGGCAACAGCGACGGGCAGUGGUAUCAAAAUUAGAAGACAAAAUGUGGACUACUACACUCCGGGGUCCGAACGGGCUCAAGGCCUCGUGGGCCAAGGCACUUUCGAGAUGAGUACUUCCCAAUCCGCUGCUGCAGCCUUGGUUGGGGCUGACCCCCCCAAAAAACUCCUCCCUUUGUCUUCCUCCCGGCUCCCCCAUCUCUCUGUUGGUGGGUCUCUAGGAAGCUGCCGGCCGCCUCCAUCGCUAAAGAAAAAUCAUUGUGAGCCCGAGGCCGGGUUCUUCUGGAAAUGCUGCCUCUUUCCAAACAGCGGUCACCAUGUUAGCUUUUCUAGGCGAUGAUUACAGCUCUCCUGUUAAAACGGAUGAAUUGAUGGGUUUGUUUAUACAACAUCUUUUAAUAAAGACGGUGAUGUUUUCAAAUGAA